AUGUCUGGUGCGAAGCCCACUGCUGAUACUGGAACCGAUUUCUACGACCGCAGUCUGACGAGUCGCAGAUAUGCCCUUGUCGGAGUGGCAUGUACAAGUAUCUUCAGCUGCUUAUGCGUCGUUGCAGGGAUUGUCAUUUUAGCCAGGCACGGAAUCUCGGGAGUAACCCCGUUCCACAUGGUCGGUCCUGAGGAGUUUACUCCAUUGCCACUUCAGGCCGAAAUAUUAACCCUGAUACUUGACUUAAUCGUCACGUUAUGUACCGAGUCCACAGGCUUCGUACACGGCAUCUCAUUGCGCUCUGCGCUGGCAUCAGAGUCUCGGCUUCGUUUCAACACCAACCUGCGCCUUCUGACCGCAGCUCGUGGAUGGCAUAACCCUAAUGGCGCCCUGCUUAACGGUAUCUCGGUUGUCCUCCUCAUUAUAUCCUACAGCUCGGCCUCAGUCGUAAUAUGUAUGGACCAAUAUAACUACUCAGAGACAUUCACAACAGUUGUUUUUGAGAAUAUUGCCAUCGCAGGAAUACCUCUCCUCAUUUUGGGCGUCGCACUCCUCCUCCAGGUGAUUAUCGCAUUGUCAGCGAUGUGGACUAUCAAAAUCCUGACAUGGAGCUCCUCACCUUUCGACUUGACCGCCGCACUCGUCCACCACACACAAUUGACCCCAGCUACUUUCCGGUGCAUGCGUCGUGUGUCUGACCUAGACUCGUAUGGAGGACCAGCGAAGCCACCAGAGACACAGCCCUCUGCAUGGCAUGCUCACCCUAGCAUCCGGAAAGUCGUCAUUUUUCUUUGGGUUAUUGUUGCAGCAUGCGCUGGAUGGGCCGCACUCGUCAUGUAUAUCUGGGGCCGCCUGUUUGCCAACGAAGCUUACCUCAUCAACGACCAUCCUCUGACCCUGCAAACGUGGUCGUUCUUCCACAACCUUGAUAGCAAUUUCGUCGCAUAUGCUGUGCCAGCUGUCCAUCUUCAGGGAUGGAUUCUACUCUUUGUCAAUAUUGCGGGAGUCCAGGGACCGUUGACGCUUGGGCUGCAUUGCUCGGAGCUCAUCGUGAAUGUCAUUCGAGACGAAAGACAGUGGAGAUGCGCUACCACAAGGCAAGGACUUAGAGUGGCGACGAACCCGCUGAAGCCAUUUUUCACUCAUCCGCUCUGUCUCAUACUUUUUAUCGCGAAGCCUUUCCUGCACUGGAUGUUUGGACUUUCAUUCGACAUAUCCCCAUUCGCCUAUGAGGACGCCCUAGACAAUUUUUCGAUAUAUAUGUACACCACCCAGAUCUGGAACUUAUGCAUUGCGCUCUUUAUACUUGCCUCUUUCUUCACUUUCAUCUCACUGCGCAGACCGCACGGUCCCCAGCCGGCUGCAUAUGGCCACCUGCAGACGCUCGCCAACCUUGUGGAUGAGUGGUCGCCUGUCAUGUGGUGGGGACACAAGGAGGAUGGGAUUCCGUACUGUCAUGCUGGGACGAGCGAUCACCCGCUGCCGGAUGUGAAGAUGGACUGCGUUUAUGCUGGUUCCGGUGCUGGGUCUCUGGUACCCCUUUCGUGA